CUGUUGAAAGUACCGCGGGCGCGUCGCUGGGGCCCGCGCACGCCGGCACGCUGCGGUACAGCAACAUGCGCGCGCAGCUCGACGCGCUCAAGGACGAGCUCGAUAAAGUCGAGCUACAGAGGGAUGAUCAGCGCGCGCGCGCUGACGCACUUGAGAGAGAAGUCGCUCUACUGAAGCUUAGGAACGAGGAGCUACAGAUAGCAGCAUCGGAGAACGUGACGCUAAAGGACGAGGUGGACGCGCUGCGGGAGACGGCGGCCAAGGCGGCCGCGCUCGAGGCCACCGUCGCCUCCUACAAGAAGCGGAUGGAGGAGCACGUGGAUUUGCGGAGACAGGUGAAACUCCUGGAGCGCGCGAACACGGAGCACGUGCAGCGCGCCAUCGAGCACGAGCAGGCGGCCGCGCGACACAACGCCGUGCGCGCGCAGCUUGACAUCUACAAGAAGCAGGUGACAGAUCUAAACGAAAAGUUGGACGCAGAGAUAACGAAGGCUGACAAAUUAGAGAUAGAGAACAAGAAGUUGAGCAGCCGAGUGGCGUCAUUCCAGCGCGAGCGGGACACCAUCCUGCAAGAGCGGGACACGCUGAGGGAAACAGUCGAUGAGCUGCGCUGCUCUACUAUUACCACAGGUGCAAGCGAAGACAACGUGUCGCGCGAGUUGAUACCCAACGACGUGAAGGAACAGCUGAUUCGACUAGAACACGAAAAUAAGCUUCUGCGACAGAACCAAGGCGCGCAGGCAGACCAAGCUUCAGUGCAGGCGUUACUGGAAGACUACGCGGCGCGAUUAGAGAAGCAGCGCGCCGUGAACCGCGAGGCCAACCAGCGCAUCAUGCAGUUGGAAGCCACGCUCGAGGCGCCGCACCCGCGGCUCGCCUCCGCCAUCGAGGACAGCCAGAGGAAAUCAUUACAAGUGGAGGAGCUCCAAGCAGCGUUAUCAGAAGAGCGACGGCGGAGCAGCAAGUUACAGGAGGCGUUAGCGGCGCGAGAAGCCGAGCUACUGGCCACCGAGGACAAGUACAAGAAGUGCGUCGAGAAGGCCAAGGAGGUCAUCAAGUCGCUGGACCCCCGCGCGACCGGCCAGCCAUCGUUGUCUGACAUCACGCUGGGAUACUCGCGAGGCGCUGGCGCCGCGCCGUCCCGAGCUGACGCCACUCCCGCGCACAAUCGACACGAGUGGAGCGGCAGCGGCAGCGCGAGCUCCGAAGGCGCGCGGGCAGGCCACAACGAGCAGCGUCUCCUAGCAUCCGCGUGGUACCAGCUAGGCGCUCGCUGCCACAGGGACGCGGUUGAAACGCGUUUCGCGCUCCUAUCAGCUGGUCACUCCUUCUUGGCCCGCCAGCGGCGUCAGCCGGCCCGAGCGCGCGCCCCGCCCGCGCCGCCCGCGCCCGCGCAAUGACCCCGCCGCGCGCGUCUGCGCGUCCUCUACAGUAAGGACCGCACGCUCAUACUGACAGAGUGAGUGCGUACAGUGGUGUGCCGUUGAUAGUAAGGUAAAACACACUCGAAAAAACAUAACCCUCCUUCUGGCGCAGUCGGGCAAAAAGACUGUAUACGUUACUUUUACGGAACGAGCAUAACUCCUAUUUUCAUUUGAUCGCGAUCAGCCGGGCUAGGAUGCGCGCCGUGAUAAAAUUGAUCGAUGAUUUUAGACGACAAAUGUAUGGGCUUAUCACGUAAAAUCGAUAAAAUGGCGUGAUAAACGCUUAUCUCGGUGAGCAUCCUAGGCCUACUGGCCAGAUGCCAAACGCGCCGAUUAUGUAAAAAACCCAGAUACGAUAAUCCGCGGAUAUGCUUUUAUGAUGACCCGGCACGUGACUUGUACGCACUGUCGUCGCUUCCCAGUGACUCGACUGCUUCGAAAUGGACAAAUGUGCGACCAAACGUUGACGUUGAUACUGAUAAUUCACAUGUUCUUUUUAUUUCUUAUUAGAGACGUCAAUAAAGUAAGUAAUUAGAAAACUAUCACACCUGUAGAUCAUCACAUUUCACUUAUGUAAAGUGAACUUACGAAAUUAGUGUGCAAGAAGUUGAUAUAGGCGUCAGUAGUACAACUUUCAUGUGGUUUUGCAUUUUUGACCGCAAUUGUUAACAUUAUUUACUAUUUCUCAAUGUAGAGACAUUAUAAUUGAUUCCCUCCUCUGAGUAAUAAUAAAUUCAAACUUUUCCUUCUCAAUGUGCUUUCGAGUCGUAGCCGAACGGCGACUUAUCGGGGACCAUGUAUCUGAUUAUGUUAAAGUUCGUACAUUCGUAAUCUCUCACUCAAUUAUUUUUCGGUCUCCUCAUAUUUAAAAUUUUUGCUUAAAAAUUCCAUAAUUUUAAUUGCUUAGCUCUUCCAGUUAAUCUAAGCUGUAAAUACUUUUUGUAGCACAAUUGAUCAACGAACAAUUAUGUUUAUCUGCACUUAUAAUAAUUUUAAAUAAGUCAUCACAGCGAUCUAUGAUUGCUGGCAAAUGUACCCUUCAUUUUGCAUUUGGGUAGAAUACUGAGAUAUACCGGUAAUUUUAUCUGGUAAACAAUUGUUUUUGUUAACUUCAUAAAAUAUAUUUUCUUCAAACAAUUGUUAGUAAGAAGUGAUAACUUUUAUUCUGUUUUUUCUUCAAAUUGUAAAAACCCACCUCCCUACAUGGUUAACAACCUGUAUGCUAAAUAAUAUAAUUUGUUCCUACUACUAACAUCUAACAUUGUUUAACUGCCCAUCAGUCAGCUCAACUAAGUUUAAUUUCAGGAAUGCUUUUGAUACCAUUGAAUAAUUUAUAGUAGAAAAUGUAAUACAUUUAUAGCGUACUAAGAACAAAUUAGAUAGCUUAAUUAUAACACUUUUUGUACUACACACGACACAUUUAAUUUAGUUAUAAUCAAGACAAAUCUCCGGAGAACAAAUUGAAUUUGUAUUUACUAUUUUUUUAGGUAUAAUCGUUGUCAGUAUUGUAUAUAGUAACAUAAAUAAAUAUAUAUUGUUGUAUGUCAUACGCUAUAUUAUGUAGAUCAUAUUCGUGUAUGAUUGCUAUAAUACAUUAUUGUAUUAAUUUUAUUAGCGUCACGAAAUAAGUUUAAUACCCGCCCACAACUAUUUAUAAAAAUACUGUCAAUCAACGAGUUAUGUUUGAAACUUUGCAUUAAGUUACAUCACAAUCAUUUUAGAUUUUACUCAUAAUUAUUACAUGUGAUAAUUUCGUAG